AUUCUUCCAGCUUCGCCCCUCUUCCUGCCAACCCUCUUUGGAAUAGACCUCGGGGAAGUUUCCGGUUGAAUAUCUCUUCCUCAGACCGAUCAACCCCGAAAACACACCCUCCCCCAUCCUCUGUACUCCUCGACUCCCUCUUUUCUCGCACCAUACAUCACCAUGUCGUCGUCCCAAGAUCCCACCCGCGACGAGGACGCCUAUAUCGAGGGCGAUGAAGCCGAUGAGGUCAUCAACCGCGAUGAGGACCACCCCAUGGAGUCCGACGGAGAGGAUGAAGACCAGGACAUGACGUUUGAGCAAGAAAUCACCCUCGAGAACGACUCCGCCGCCCACUUCGACAGCCACAACGACUCCGUCUUCUGCAUUGCUCAACAUCCCAUUCACAACCACAUUGUCGUCACGGGCUCCGGUGAUGACACCGCCUACAUCUUCGAUUCCACGCCGAAUGAAGCGCGCCCCGUCCUCCCCAAGAGCUACGAGUCGGAUCCUCAACCGAGGCGCGAGCGCGAUUCGCUGAAGCCGAUCUUGAAGCUGGAGGGCCACACGGACACCGUCAAUGCGGUCGCAUUCACCGAGCCCAAGGGAGAGUAUGUCGUGACGGCGGGUCUAGACGGCAAGCUGCGUGCCUGGCGCGAUGCGACGGCCCAGGGAACCGGGGGCGCAUGGCAGUAUGUCGCGGAGAUGCAGGAAGUGGAGGAGAUCAACUGGGUCGCUGUGUGCCCGUCCGAGAAGGGUGAUGAGGGCAAGAGCAACGUCAUCGCUCUGGGUGCCAACGAUGGCAGUGCCUGGGUGUUCCGUAUCGACCACCGGGACGCCUCGCAGCCCAUCUCUAUCGUCCAGUCUUUCUUCCAGCACACCGGAUCCUGCACGGCUGGUGCCUGGACCCCGGACGGAAAGCUGCUCGCGACCGUCUCGGAAGACGGCAGCUUCUAUGUCUACGAUGUCUUCGGUGAGGCUGCCGCCGCCGGCGUCGCCUACUCGGCUGGAACCAACGCCGUGGUCGGUUUGACCGCGGAGGAUCAGCGCUUUGCGGUCGAGGGUGGAUUGUACGCUGUUACUAUCUCUCCCGGUGGCUCGAUUGCUGCUGUUGGUGGUGCAGAAGGCCACAUCAGGGUGGUCGGUCUUCCUCGUCUGGCCCCAGCCGGGGGCCCUGCUGCUGCCAAGGUCAAGGGCAAGAACGUCUCCCAGGCGUCGACCGGAGCCUCGGCUGCAGGCACCAUCCUCGCCUCUCUCCAGGCCCAGGGUGACGGCGUCGAGACCCUCUCCUUCUCUUCCCCUCCCCUGACCCUUCUAGCCGCUGGUUCCGUCGACGGAUCUAUCGCCCUCUUUGACGCCGCUCAUCGCUUCGCCGUCCGCCGCCACAUCCGUGAUGCGCACGAGGGCGCCGUGGUCAAGGUGGAGUUCCUUCAGAGCCGUGCUCCCGGGGGCCCCGUGCCUCGUCCCAACCCCAUUGCGUCCGCCGCUGCGGGCCAGGGCCAGACGUGGCUUCUCACCUCGGUCGGUAUGGACGGUAUCGUCAGACGCUGGGACGCCCGUGGAGGAACCGCGGCCGCUGCCCACGGUCUGCUGAAGGAGUGGAAGGGCCACCUGGGACUCGUCGAGAACUCCGAGGGAGAGCAAUCGGGCGGUAUCAUGGCAUUUGUGCAGAGCACGGACGGAAAGCGGGUCGUCACUGCGGGUGAUGACGGCAUUUCCUUGGUCUUCGAGUGAUUCUGGUAACGAUGGAUAGACAAAAAAAUUAUGUAUAGAUGCGAGUGCCUUAAGGGCAUAUUAUGUUAUGCGAAUCUGAUGAUCAUGUUUCUAGCCAAUUGGGCCAUGUUAC